CUGUGGACAAGGGUCUUGCUAUCCACGCAUGCGCUAAACAUGUAAUUAGGCCUCUGUGUAUGGGAGUAAUUUUUACAUCUGAAUGAAGGAAGGCCUAAGUCCUUGUAACUUACUCAAAUGCCAAGCUCAAGAAUGGAUAUUUAUAUUACAAAGGGAAUUACCAACCCCAACUAUCCUGGAUUUCAAAAAUUUGCCCACACUCUUUCUGAUGACUACAUUCAGUACUCUGACAUGGAAUGUAAUGAAAGUGAUUUAACGGAUAGUGACAGGGAGGAUGACCAAAACACGUUCCAGAAUAAGGUUGUCGACAAAUCAGCUCCAAAAACGUUUGAAAAUACCCAAGAUGUGACUUUGAGUAACUGCGGCAAGAUUGCUUUUGACAAUGGAAACACAAGUUCAUUUGAGCAAACUAAAAACAGAUCAUCAUCCCCCAACAUACCGGACAUUGUAAAUAAGAAUUAUAGUGGGAACUCAGAAAACUCUAUGCGAACAUUAAAUAAGCCUGACCUUAUUUAUAACCUGAGUCAGAACUAUACGAAUGAAUUCUCUCCCUGGUCAUGUACAAUUAAUUCUAAAUAUGAGGGCCAGCUACAAGGACAAAGUCCGAUUGAUAUAGUUGGAGACUUUGGUGGCGAAGUGGAGCGGGAAUUCGAACUCCUUAUCACUGGAUAUAAGAACAAGAAAACACCAAAUGGGUUACAGGGAUCAAAUUUGACAAAGGUUUGCGAUGCAGAACUAUCAAAUGGUACAGAAGCUUUAAAGCAUACAGCCGCGACGCGAUUGUCUGGAAAUAGCAUUCGCAAAAAUAAAAAGAAAAAUACUCCAUAUGGGCAUGAGUUGAUAAAAACUAAGCACCAAAAACCAUCACAUGAUGAACGACAGCUACCACCAGACACCUUCGACUACAAAACAUGUACCCAACGAAAAUAUAUCAUUUGUGAUUCUGAAAGUUGUUCGUCGGUUUCGGAGAAAAACAAAAAUGAUUUUCGAAGUAUCAAUCAGGGUGAAAUACCGAACUUGAGCAAUUUAGAAAUCGGUCAAAGCCAGCAACUUAUCGAGGAAGACAAUAAAAAGGUGGCGAACCGAAGGUAUUUAAAUCAAGCAUGCUGGUCACAAUACUUGGAAAAUCCCACAAAAUAUUCCAAAGAUCCAUCUGCUACAAUGGUUUUAGAACAAUUCGAUGCAUACAAAGUAGCUAAUGAUAUGGACGUGGAAACAUUACAAAAUCAUUUUAAAAAGGUUAAGCAAAUAGAAAAAAAGCGUCGCUUUAAUCGAGACGAAAUACGUAAAAGAUUGGCGACAGGAGAUAAAGAUCCUUUAAAUAAUGACAUAAAAAAAGAGGAAUUUCUUACCGGUUCCGACAAUGAAAGUUCCGAUUCUGAAACAUGUCCCAAGUUAUCAAGUGGAGUACCUCGCAAGCAAUCUGAUUUCUGUGAAACAAAACGCAAUAAGGAAUUUGAAAACGAUAAAAUCUUUCAAAGAAACCAAAUUAACCAAGAAAAAACAAUUAAUCAACUGGUUAAUGGUAACAUUAUUGAAAAACAGGAUUUUCCAUCAACAGAAAACUUGUUCUUCUUUGCAAAUCAAUCAAAGCUCCAAAUAGAGGUUAGAAUAGCCCUAGCUCAAUCGAAAGAAAUAGCCCAAAUGAAAGUUAAGGCAAAGAAGCAUGGUGUUACACCAAUUGUGGAAGUAAUUCGUACAAUGCUGUAUGAUGUUGGAAUAAAAAUGGAUUCAAAUCAUCGGUGGAUAUCAAGACAGUUGCUCACUGGAAUUCACGUUCCGAUUCUACAGUUAUUGGUCAAUAAUCUUCAGAAAUAUAUUGAAAACCUAAAUGUCACUCUACUAGAAAGCCUUAAGGAACGAGACGAUCUCAAUUCGGACCAAGAUGAUAUAUUACACGAUCUCGAAAAAAUAAAUAACUUUUUUGUUUUUCAACAGCAAUCUGGACAUCAAGUCAAUAAAAUAGUUAGACACGGCCUUCUUAAUUAAUCGCUCUAAAGUUGCAAGUUUUAUUAAAAAUUUGUUUAAAAAUAUUAUAAUCACUUGUAUAA